UUCAUGUUCUCACUGUAUCACACGCUCUCAAGCUUUACAACCAUUUGCAUCCAGGACUUAAACAAAGGCAUUUCUUGACGAAUUCAGUGCCGAGACUCGAUUCCAAAUCAUGACAAUGAGUUUCUUUGGAAAACUGAAGAACCUACACCCUGGACCUCCAGCGCCACCUAGAAGGACCGAAAACAACGCAAGAUUUGAGUGGCCCCAGGAUGAGUUUGAUGAUGAGGAGAGUGACAUGUAUGAAGUGCCUCCCUGUGAGCGUCCACCUGUUAACGUCCCACAGAGACAAGUGCAGGAGAACAUCUAUCUCGAGAGGACGUCCAAUCCUGCGGUUCCGCAAAGGGAAGCUGCUCCUCCACCACCCCGACUGAGCAAGCCCUCGAAGCAUCCACAGCGAGAGGAUUUCUACCAUGAUUCCAGUGCCAAAAAGCCUCCGGAGAUAGACAGAAAUGAGAAGCCUGGGAGAAAGAAGAUGAUGCCUCCUCCUGUGGUCCGCCCUCCCCCUGCUCCAGUCCCUGCAGAGGAAGAUGUGUAUCUGGAUCCAAAUGAAGAGCCGGAAGACAACGAUGACCUGUAUUUGGAGCCAGAAGCAGCUUGUUCUCCUACCCCACGGGGGCCAGCUAGGAUGCCUCCGUGUCCCAAGCCAGCACUUGCUCCUACGCCUAUACCCAUAAUAAAGCCUCCAGUGCCCAGAGCUAAGUCUAGUGCAAUGUUUCCCUCUAUGGCUGAAAUGAGAACAGCUCUUCCACCUGACGAGAGACGCGCGUCAUUUCCCACCAAACUGCCGCCCCCCACUCCAGGUGUAAGGCCUCCCCUGCCAGCAAGCCUGAAAGAAGGAAAACCAAGCCCCCCAAACACUCCUGUAGCAAACAUUAAGCAUGUUGGUGGCACAAGAGCGACUAAACAAACGGGAAAUGAGGAUAAAGAGUGGUUUGCUGGAGACUGCGGCAGAAAGACAGCUGAGGAUCUCUUAGAAAGAGUCAACAGGGAUGGUGCCUUCCUCAUCCGGCAAAGCACGGCUCAGAGCACCCGACAGCCGUUCACGCUAGCUGUGCUCUACCAGCAGAAGGUCUACAACAUCCCCAUCCGCUUCCUGGAAGAUACGCAGGGCUACGCCCUCGGUAAGGAGGGCAAGAAGAACGAAGAGAUUUUCACCAGCCUCGAUGACAUGAUUUCUUACCACAAGAAUAACCAACUGCUUCUGAUUGACAGCAAGAGUCAAGCCAAGCACAGUGCGCAUUUAACUCACCCUGUACGCCCUUAAAUAUGUAUUUAGAUUAGUUAGUGUUGACAUGAGGCGUAACUUUAAAGGUUCAAACCAAGGAUUUCCCGCAUGAAAAUACUGUGGCUCCCAGAAGUGCAAUCAUACUUCUAUAAUCCAUGUCAUAGUAAAAGUAGGGAGAUUUUGAUGUACUGAAACACAUCAGAAAACACUUCAGGGAUGCUGAAACUCCCCACACACAGCAGCCCCAUGGCAAGACAAUAACCUAGAAUAAAGCUUAGAGAUCACAUUUGCUUUGACAAAGCAAUUUUUUUUUUACAUUCACCUUGUCAUCAUUCUAAUGGAUAUUGCACAAGCCAACAGAAAGAGAAGAGGAAACGGUGUCACUUUUUUAAUGUAAUAGUCAUUUAGUCAGUUCCUGCCCCCGGAGAAGAAAUGAUGGUCAAAGGGUCAAAUCAUUAUUUUUCGCUCACUUAGAAAAAAAACAUACAUUGUCCUAAUAUGUUAAACUCCCUACUAAACGUUUUUCUCUUCUUCUUAUUUACAUAUUGUUUGAUGACAGCCAUUUAGGUCUGCAUGAAUCACUCAUUUUUAAUUUAUACAUAACUCUGUAUUGUUUCUUGGUUGACUUUUACAUUUUUAAUAUUAUUUGUUUUUAGCGCGAUGCAGUGCAAUAUAGACAAAAGAAUACCUGAUUUUGUUUCUGUUUUUCCAUGUAUUUACUGUAUUUAUAUAAACACAGUCUUCUUUUUUCAUAUAUUAAUCUAAAGGUUUUACCACUUUUACACAAAUGAACUGACACAUCAAUGAAAAUAAAUACAUUCCAAGGACUGAAUCGAACCUUUGACGUAUGAAAUUCAGGUAGGAAUGCUCCUAAAAAUAGUGGAAAAGCACAUUCAGGAAACCUUUCUGAACUUGUUAAAUCUCAUGUUGUUGUGAGCUCUAACAUGAUGUCAUUAAUACAGCAGAGCUCACCUGUGGCUGAAUAUGCAAAAAGGUUUUGAGAUUACAGUUGUUGAAUUUGCAUGAAUGAGAAGAGGGUAAAUGAGUAUCUAUUACCUUGCUGGUAGCAUUUUUAUACAGGUGAUGGAUGUGGAGCAUCUUAAAUGACCAGCAUCAAAAACCUCUUUCUCACCUUUGUGCUCCAGGAGUAUAUAAUAAAAAAAAAAAUUAAAACAUACAAAUGAUAAGAAUCAUAAACGCAAAGAGUGUUUCAGAUGCUAAAAGUUAUACCUUCAAAACCUGAACCUUUGGAGGAAAAUAAUGACCGACGGAAUACAUCUUCCAGUCUUCCAACAUAUAAAACCUGUAGAUUGUCUCAAAGGAGUCAUCCAAAAUCCCAUAGAGACAUGCAAAAAGCCUGUUUGCACUAAUAUUGAUGACUGAUUCCAAAUCAAGGCUUUGCGUCUUUGCAGAAGGCGAGAAGGGUAUGAAUAAUUGGGUUUAUAACAUUUUCAAAUCAUCAAAUCUCAAAUUUUUACAGCAUGUCCUUUGGCAUUUUCAGACAUUUUCGGUCAUAAAAUGCAUAAUAAAUCGACAUGUGUCAUUG